UAUUUAAUUCACAUUAAUCAAACCACCUAUGGCACAGUGUGUAUAGUACUAUUUACACAUGCAAACAUAUUUGAAACAGUAGCCAUGAAUCUACACUACUAGUUUAAAGAUGCCAGCAAAGCAUCACACGCACAACUUGGACUUCCAGCAAUGUUUCCCGCCACUUUAAAGCCUCAACACAAAUGAGAUUUAACCAGACUAUUCUUCUGAAAGCCGAGCCAGUACAUUUGCAAAUCGCACGUGAUGACCACACAGUGUACUUGUACACCUUUGAAGCAUGGCCAGCUUGCAAAUAUACACACGAAAUUAUCCCCAGUGUACUGUGGCUCUUGUCACUCCAGACCACACAUUGAUAUUCCAAUCUGAGACCCGCGACAAACAGCAUUCUGACAGUGAGACUACACCACAUUGCCUCGUUGAGCUUGUCCCCACAUCUACCAUUGAGCUUGAGGAAUACCAGCUCUGGGGUCACGGCUAUGGUACACUGGGCCUUAUUCACUUGGCUGAAGCUGUUUUCGUGAGCGUCAUCACUGGCUCGCACAAAGCCGCCACAGUGCGGCCCGGAGAAUCUGUUUUCAGAAUAGACACAGUGGAUUUUUUCUGCUUGAGCCAAUCAAAAUACGAAGAUGGACUAUAUCGUGAUGUGGACCUACCUAUCCCAUCGGGGUCAGCUCUGGUUGAAACCUACUAUGAGUCCAGGGACACGGCUAUCGAUGCCCCUUUCCUAUCUCUCAAGAAACUACUUAGCGAUGGGAGCUUCUACUACAGUGUUGACUUCAACCUCACGGAUCGAUUACAGGAUCGAUCCGAUAAAUUGACGACAUUUGAUGUCGAGUCCUUUGACGAGGAUAUGCUUUGGAAUGCAUAUCUAAUAAACCCACUUCUGGUCUUCAGAAAACAUCUAGCUCCUUCCGAGAAGAAGCAUCUUGAUUCCUCCCGCAUCUUGACGUGUGUGAUACGGGGUUUCUGUAGCACAUUAACAAUACCAUCUUCCGCCCAAAUCACAUCUCGGGCACACGCGCGCCUUCCUUCCUUGUUGACAAUAAUUUCACGCCAGUCUUCUCGACGUGCCGGAACACGAUUCAACUCCCGCGGUAUAGACGAUGAUGGUCACGUCGCCAAUUUUGUUGAGACCGAGACAAUACUUUGGGUUGCACCUCAUAUUACCUUCUCCUACGUUCAACUCCGGGGAUCUGUACCAGCUUUUUGGGAGCAGGCUAGUGGGUUUCUCCCAGGCCAGCAGAAGAUAGAAUUAACCAGAUCUGUGGAGGCGAGCCAACAUGCAUUCCAUAAACAUUUCAAGCACCUCGAAUUGAAGUAUGGCGCGAUUCAUGUGAUUAAUCUCCUCAGCGAUCUCAGACCAGGAGAAGUCGAACUCUCGAAAAGAUUUCGCGAACUCAUCAGACGUGAAUCCAUCAGCCAAGAAGCAUUCGGAACUCCUACAGACCAUAGUCUUCUACAGCUAACGGAAUUCGAUCUCCAUGCCGAAACCCGGGGACCAACAGGAUAUGGUGCUAGCAACCAGAUCAGACCCGAGAUCUUUAACUCUCUGCAAGGCUUUGCCUAUUUUCAGGCAGGCGAACCCAAUUUAAUUGUGGAGGACAGGCAGAGCUCGAUGGGAAGCACCGUCAUUCUACAGCAGGAAGGGGCCUUCCGAACGAACUGCCUUGAUUGCCUCGAUAGGACGAACCUUGUACAAACAUUAAUAAGCUCCAUGGCCCUUGACGCGUUUUUUCAUCAACAGGGCAGUAUAUUAGGCGAAGAUGUCAAAUUGCGGCACUCGACCUUGUGGGCCGACAAUGGUGAUGCUUUGUCUAAAAUCUACGCUGGAACUGGGGCCCUAAAAAGCUCGUUCACGCGACAUGGCAAGAUGUCCAUCGCAGGUGCACUCGCAGAUGCUCGCAAAAGUGCGGCGCGCAUAUAUGUCAAUAACUUCUCUGACAAGGCUCGCCAGCAAACAAUAGAUAUUCUCCUGGGACGACUAACAGGCCAAACCCCUGUACACUUGUUUGAUCCAGUCAAUGAUCGAGUCGCGGAGGAACUGGACCGACUGUCAUCUGAAUUUUUGUCUACCAAGGCUAUUAAAAUCUGGAGUGGAACAUUCAAUCUCAACGGCCGUCACCCGGGGCCUAAAAUUGAUCUGCGACCGUGGCUGUUGUCAUGUUUUGACCAUGAGGGCGAUGACACUCAGAUUGUCGCGAUAGGUUUUCAGGAGAUUGUCACGUUAAGCCCACAGCAGAUAAUGUCCACAGACCCUACAACCCGCAAGGUCUGGGAACAAACCGUGCAAAGCUGCCUCAAUUCCGAAGCAAGCUCCAGAAAAACCCCCAAGUAUGUUCUCUUGCGGAGUGGCCAACUCGUCGGGGCUGCUCUUAUGGUGUUCGUAAGAGAGGAUAGUCUCAAGUUCAUUAAGAAUGUCGAAGGUAGUGUCAAAAAGACAGGCCUCUCAGGAAUGGCUGGCAAUAAAGGCGGUUGUGCCAUUCGCUUUGACUACUCAAAUACACGAAUUUGUUUCGUAACUGCCCAUCUUGCUGCUGGCUUUGCUAAUUAUGAUGAGAGGAACAAAGAUCAUGACACUAUUCUCCGGGGACUUCGCUUCUUGAAAAAUAGAACCAUUGAAGAUCACGACACCAUCGUAUGGCUCGGGGACUUCAACUACCGCAUUGGACUUAGCAAUCAACUUGUGAGAGAAUUAGCUCUUCAAGGAGAUUACCAGAAAUUGUAUGACAAUGAUCAGUUAAAUUUACAGAUGCUGGCUGGUAGAGCCUUUCACUUUUACACUGAAGGGCCCAUCACUUUUCCACCAACAUACAAAUAUGAUAUUGGGACAGAUCUUUAUGAUACCUCGGAAAAAGCACGCAUACCCGCCUGGUGUGACAGAGUGCUGUGGAAAGGGUCGAACUUGCGCCAGAUUCAGUAUGAUACUGCGAACCUGCAGUUCUCCGAUCAUAGGCCUGUCUGGGCCAUGUUCACAUGCAUCAUCAGUGUUGUCAAUGACGACCAACUAGUUAAGCUCCGGCACAAGCUUUACAGCAAAUACAAGCACACUACUCGCGUUAUGGUCGCCAGUGAGAAAAUGAGAACAAAAAACCACAAUAGAACACUAUAUCCCCCAGAGAAGGCACCAGGCACGCAGUACUCAGCCACUAGCACUGCGUUUGAUAAAUGGUGGUUAAGUCAUGGUAAUCCUGUGCGUUCACAAGUGACACCUCCCGCCACCAACCAUAUCUGGAAUAUCCAUCGUAGCUCGAAUCCAUUUUCUGAGGACGAUAUUGAUUGGAUCCAACUAUCGCCCUGUGAUACAGUCAAGAGUGAAGAGAAAAAGCCCGCUCUGCCACCGAGGGUGAAUACCCCUGUGAAUCAAGGUUAUACAGCGUUCCAUAAUUUGAGGCAUAAUCACUUCGAUCCUUCUGUUGAAUUGCCUGGGGAAUCUCACCAAGAGCGCCAUGAGCGCUUGAAGACAACACAGCCGCUGUCUCAGAUCCUGGAUCACAAGCACAUCAACCUCUUAACUCCAGCAGAUACAACAAUGGGACAGGCAGGUCAAGACCCGCCUAUACUGCGCAGGUCGCGCACAAACCAGACCGUACCUGAUACAGUGAGUUCUGACAAGAAUUGUGAUCUACUAAGCGAAUCCAUCAGCGAUCGGCUUACAUGGAAAGCGCUUGAUCCCCAGUAGUCGAAUGCCGUAUGUGUCCCGCCCACUCGGAAAAUGCGUUACGGUUUGAAGACCCCACAUUCGCUGGAUGGUUCAAUCUAUAGAUGCUGUGUAGGUCCUUUGGCGAGUGCUUCUGGGUCUUACCUUGCAUACAAUUUGAGUGUAGAUCGAGCAUUUGAGAAGUACUUUGAGGCUCUAUUGAUUUUAAGCAAACAUAUUUACAAGGCUACCAACAGCAUGAUGUACCAGUACCUCGUUGUGG